AUGUUGAAAUGCAAUGAAAACCGUUUUCGCGACAAGUCGACCAAGUGGAAGAGCAGCAUGGGCGCCCAGGUCGCGCGGGAGAAGCGGCGCGAGAGCGCGGACGCGCGGACGCCGGGCAGCGUCUUCACCUUCGCCAACAUCGAGCCGACCGCGUCUUCGCCCGUCAACCUCGAGCGGUCCUCGCCCUUUGUCAUCGGCGUCUGCGCCAUGGACAAGAAGGCGACGUCCAAGCCCAUGACUGAGAUCCUCCAGCGCCUUCCCAAGCAUGCGUUCCAGAUCGUCCUCUUUGGCGACGACAUGAUCCUCAACAAGUCUGUGGACGAGUGGCCGCUCUGCGAUGCGCUCAUUGCGUUCUUCUCGACGGGGUUCCCGCUCGACAAGGCCAUGGAGUACGUCGAGCUCCGCCAGCCCAUCGUCGUGAACGAUCUCUCGAACCAAAACUUGCUCAUGGAUCGCCGCGACGUCUACCGGAUCCUCCAGGAACACAACAUCCCGACGCCCAAGCACAUCGUCGUCAACCGCGAUGGCUACCGCGGGUCGACCCUCGAGCCCGAUUUUUUCGAGUGCGACGACUUUGUCGAGCUCGACGGCGUCCGCAUCCAAAAGCCGUUUGUUGAAAAGCCCGUAAACGGCGAGGACCACAACAUCUACAUCUACUACCCGACGAACGCAGGCGGCGGCUGCAAGCACCUCUUCCGGAAGGUCGGGAACCGGUCGUCCGAGUUCCAUCCGCAUGAAAACAGCGUCCGGCGCGGUCAGUCAUACAUUUACGAAGAGUUCAUUGCGACCCAAGGGACCGACGUCAAGGUGUACACGGUCGGCCCCAACUAUGCGCACGCGGAAGCGCGCAAGUCGCCCGUCCUUGACGGCAAGGUCAUGCGCGACUCGGUCGGGAAGGAGAUUCGGUACCCCGUGAUUCUCUCGACGAACGAGAAGAACAUUGCGCACAAAGUCUGCCGCGCGUUUGGCCAAACGGUCUGCGGCUUUGACAUUCUUCGUGUCGGGAACGAGUCGUAUGUGUGCGACGUCAACGGCUGGAGCUUUGUCAAGAACUCGCCCAAGUACUACGACGACUGCGCCGUGCUCCUCCGCCAGUACCUCGAACGCGCGCUCGCGGGUUACGAAGAUCCGUACGCCGACAUGUACUCGCCGCCGCUCGACCGCGAGCGCUCGAUGACCAACAGCUCGUCUAUGUCGCUUUUGCAGGCCGACGGCACGGCGUCGGAGAGCGAGUUUGAUGGCGGGUUCGACGGCAGCGAUGCGGAUGGCAUGGAGGAAGAAGAGCUACGCUGCGUCCUCGCCGUCAUCCGCCACGGUGAUCGCACGCCCAAGCAGAAGAUGAAGAUGCUCGUGACGUCGCCGCAGCUACUCGACUUUUACGAAAACCGCGUCGGGCGCGGGAAGAAGAAGGACCUUAAGAUCAAGACGAUCAAGGACCUCGAAGAGCUUCUCGCCGUGAGCAAAAAUCUCAUCGCAGCGUACGAAGCCAAGCAGCGCCGUGCGUUGGACGCCGAUGCCAAGGACGUCGACGACGCCGACGACGACGAUAUUGAUGGCGAGCAAAUGAAGGGCAUCUACACGCUUCGCGACGUCCUCCAGCGCUGGCAGCUCUGUGGCAUCAACCGAAAGGUUCAGAUGAAGCCUCGUGCGUGGACCGAUGACUUUCAAGCGGCACCGACGUCACCCGUGCCGGUGGAGCGCCAGGCGCGCCUCGAGUCGCUGACCAACGUCAGCUCAUCGCCAAAGGGCGGCGACAAGGAAAGCUGCGGUCGCAUUAGCCAGCUAUUGCUGAUCGUCAAGUGGGGCGGUGAUUUGACCCACUCAGGCAUCCAGCAAGCCGAGACGCUCGGUCAGCACUUCCGCCAGAUCAUGUACCCCGGUGGCGACGGCGGUCUCCUCCGACUGCACUCGACGUACCGGCACGACCUCAAGAUCUACACGAGCGACGAAGGUCGUGUGCAGAAGACGGCGGCGUCGUUUGCGAAAGGUUUGCUCGAGCUCGAGGGCGAUAUCAUUCCCAUUCUCGUGAGUUUGGUGCUCAAGUCCAAGGACGCCGACUCGAUGCUGGACCAAUCGGGCUCGUCAGCGCAAGAAAUGAUCAUGGCCGUGAAGGAGCGGCUCCACGACAUUCUGCACCGCGAUGACGACUGCGGCCUCUUGCGGACUCACUCCAACUCGCGCCUCGUCCGAAGCGUGGCUGCCGCACUCGACGUCGUCGAGCAGCCUAUGAAGAAGAUGGAACGGAUGCACAAGCUUCUGGGCCACUUGAAGGAUCAGCUCACCAAGCUUUUGGAUGCCGAGGCGACGGAGAAGGCCGAGCGCGUGCUUACGGCCACCGAGUUUGAGCGCGGUCUCCGUGACGAUCGCGAGUUCAAGCCCCUCGAGCGCCAGGGCUCGGAAACGACGGUCGGUUCGUGCUUGGAGCUCGAGCCCGAAACCAUUGAAGCGUUCAGCCCGACGUCGGUGGCGACGACGAAGACGCCCAAGGCGCGCAAAAACUCGGUGGACGAGACGGUGUCGCCCAAGAGCCGCCCCAAGACGCCGACGGCGACGUCGCUGAACUCGCUCAUGUCGAGUCCACGGCCCCGCAUCGGGUCGGCGGGCCACACCAAGCGCGAGCCGUGCGGCCGCGAGACGCUCGAGAUGAUGCGCGAGCGCUGGGCCAAGCUGUACCGCGACUUUUACUCGAAGAAGGGCAAGACGUUUGAUCUCUCCAAGAUCCCGGACAUCCACGACUGUAUCCGCUACGAUGCGAUGCACAACGCGCACCUGUACCUCAGCGGUAUCAAGGAGCUCCUAGAUAUCUCGGCCUCACUGGCCCACGCCCUCGUGCCGCAGGAGUAUGGCAUUGAUGUGCACGAAAAGCUUCACAUUGGCACCAACAUGUGCCAGUCAUUGCUCAAGAAGAUGCGCGACGACCUCGACCUCGCGCGGGGCUUCAACAUUACGCACCGCCUCGACCCGUCGUAUGCGACCAAGGACAUCAAGUCGACGCACCGCUCUGUGCGCACCCGCCUCUACUUUACGAGCGAGUCGCACUUGCACACGCUCCUGAACGUCCUUCGGCACAGCGUCACGGGCAAAGAGGAGGACUGCCCCGUCUCGGUGCCCGGGCGCAAGUGGAUCGAAGAGAUCCCCGAGCUCUGCUACAUGACGCACAUUGUCGUUCGUGUCUUUGAACGAUGCGGCCUCAACAGCUUGGACCCGCGGCGCUUCCGCGUCGAGCUGUCGCUCUCGCCGGGGGCCACCGGCAACCCGCUCGAAGACUUUACGCCCAAGAAGCCGCUGAGCGUAUCGCCGCUGCACAUUGUGUCGCGUGACUCGCUCACGUGCCAAGAGUUUCAAGAUUACAUUUGCAAAGCGAUUGCGUUCAAGGACGCAGCCCACUAA